GUUUCGCAGAUGCUUGACAGCUCGUCAGCACUAUUCUCUUUCCAUUCUUUUCUUUUCAUUGUAACUGUUUGAUCUCGUUUUCUUUACUACGUGCUGGGAGAUAAAGUCCGCUCUUUUGUUACAGCUAUCCCCCCGAAGCUGGAUCGCCCGUGAAGGCAAGAUGGCGCGUCUGGGCCGCUUUGGGUUUCUCACCCUGGCGGUGGUGUUCCAUCUUAUAUAUGCUUAUUCAAUAUUUGACAUUUACUUUGUCAGUCCGAUCGUGAGCGGCAUGAGAUCGUUUGGCGUCGAGCGAGAACCUGGAACGAAUACGCCUGCCAGUCGUCUUGUGCUCUUUGUUGCCGAUGGCUUGCGCGCCGACAAGGCGUUUCAGCCAGCUCCAGACCCUUCUCCGGAAGAUGGCGAAGAUGCAGAAAACAACGAUCCAAUCUACCUCGCUCCUUUUAUUCGAUCGCGCGUACUCUCCCACGGAACCUUUGGCGUCUCCCACACCCGAGUACCCACCGAGUCUCGCCCUGGACAUGUUGCACUCAUCGCCGGUCUGUAUGAAGAUGUCUCGGCCGUGACAACAGGCUGGAAAUUGAACCCGGUCAACUUUGACAGUGUCUUCAACCAAAGCCGGCAUACUUGGAGCUGGGGAAGUCCGGACAUUCUCGCAAUGUUCAAGGAGGGCGCAGUUCCGGGCCGUGUUGAUGCCGACAUGUACGGAGAAGAGAUAGAGGACUUCACCAUGGACGCAACGCAACUUGAUACCUGGGUCUUCAAUAAGGUGAAGGAGCUUUUUGCCUCUGCAAAGAGCGAUCCCGAAUUGGAUGCGAAGCUACGUCAGGAUAAGGUGGUGUUCUUCCUGCAUCUUCUUGGACUCGAUACCACUGGCCACGGCUACCGUCCUUACUCCAAAGAAUACCUGCAUAACAUCAAGGUUGUGGACAAGGGGGUGCAGGAGAUAGCAACUCUUAUAGAAGAGUUCUACGGUGACGACAGGACAGCCUUUGUCUUCACCGCAGACCAUGGUAUGAGCGAUUGGGGGAGCCAUGGAGAUGGUCAUCCUGACAAUACUAGAACACCUCUGGUCGCCUGGGGAUCUGGUGUUGCUGGUCCAAAGUACACAGAGGGAAAGGCUGUCACUGGCCAUGAAGAUGGAUUCUCUGCCGAUUGGGGCCUUGACGGCAUUCAACGCCAUGAUGUUGCACAGGCCGAUGUUGCUGCUCUCAUGGCGUAUCUUGCUGGCUUGGAUUUCCCUGUGAACUCUGUCGGCCAGUUGCCGCUUGAGUACAUUGAGGCUAGCCCGAAGGAGAAGGCGCUCGCUGUGUUGGCGAACACGCAGGAGGUCUUGGAGAUGUAUCGUGUGAAGGAGCAGCAAAAGAGAGCCGCAUUGCUACGUUACAAGCCGUUCGAGCCAUUGGCAGAUCAUGGCAAGAACUCAGUGGAGGAGCAUAUUGCUGAGAUCCAGGCACUCUUUGCCAAUGGCAGUUAUGAUGAAUCCAUCAAGAGGUCUGGCGCUCUAUUCGCUACUGCGCUAGAGGGGCUACGCUAUCUGCAAACAUAUGACUGGCUCUUCCUCCGAACCAUCAUCACCUUUGGAUACCUAGGCUGGAUUGCGUAUGCACUGACGACAGUUAUUGAUCUGCAUGUUUUGCACGGUACCUCGGAUUCAAAUCGGACCAUGGGCAGUACUAUUUUCUUCACGUCUAUUCUUGCUGCACUCUUUUCGGUUCUCUCAUAUCAAAAAUCUUCGUGGCGAUACUAUGUCUACGGAGCUUUUCCGAUCUUUUUCUGGGAAGAGGUCUUUGCACGAAGGAAGGCAUUGAUCGCUGGUCGCGAGAUCCUUUUGGGACAUGUUCGUUCUUUCGGUGGCUACAUCGCAUUCGGAUUUCAAUUGAUAGCCUUUGUUGCAGUUUUGGAAGCUCUUGUCCAAUCCUACUUCCACCGCGAGAUAUUCACGGUUUGUUUCAUUCUCGGGUCAUUCUGGCCUAUUUUAUACGGCAUCGACUUUGUGAGACAGAAUACGGUUCUGUCCGCUACAUGGGCCGCCGGAUGUUCUCUCAUGAGUACUUUUACUUUGCUUCCUGUAAUCAAAGUAGAAAACAUUAACACCAUAACUUAUGGUGCACUGCUGAUGUUCUUCACCGGGUUGCUCUAUCUACUGUUCGAGGACACCAUCUUGAGACAUAGUAAAUCUUCAGGACAUUCGCCAGGGGCUAUCUCUAGGUUGGGGUCGCGAGUCAUUAUGGGCAUGCAGGUUGGCAUGGUUUUGCUUGCUAUGAUAGUCACCAGAUCCAGUGUUUCGUCUUUGCAGGCCAAGCAAGGUCUUCCAUUUGGUAACCAAGUAGUUGGCUGGUUCGUUUUGGUUGCCUCGCUUGUGCUGCCAUUGUCCCAUCAGCUAUAUCCUAACAGCCACUACUUGCACCGCCUGAUGGUACUUUUUCUCACAUUCUCACCCACCUUUAUCAUCCUCACCAUUUCGUAUGAGGGACUUUUCUACUUUGUGUUCUGCAUGACACUAGUCACCUGGGUGCGUUUGGAGCAUGCCAUAUACGUAUACACUGCUAGGUCCUCGGCGAACUAUGGUGGAAGCAAUACGGUUCCAAAGAAGCCAGGCUUGAAUGCUACAGCGGUAGUCGAUGGGCAGGAAUACCGCUACCGCAGGCUAGGCCUGGCAGACACGCGCGUGGCGUUGUUUUUCUUCUUCCUUCUCCAAUCCGCCUUUUUCAGCACAGGCAACAUCGCAUCAGUCUCAUCAUUUUCGCUGGAGAGCGUCUUCCGUCUCAUACCUGUUUUCAGUCCGUUUAGUCAAAGCGCUCUGCUCAUCCUGAAAGUGCUCAUCCCUUUUGCCAUCAUCAGCGCUAAUCUGGGUAUCCUCAACCGCCGGCUGGAGGUUGCGCCCAGCGCUCUGUUCAUGGUUGUCAUGUCCGUCUCGGACGUCAUGACUCUCAAUUUCUUCUAUAUGGUGCGGGAUGAGGGGUCCUGGCUGGAUAUUGGUACCACCAUCAGCCACUUUUUGAUUGCUAGCUUUCUGUGCACUUUUGUUGCGGGACUUGAGUUUCUUAGCGAGGUGUUUAUCAGCGGCGUGGACUUCGGACCGACCGCUAAGGCGAUCGGGGCCACUAUCACCAAAGCCGUUGACGGCACUGCGGGGAGCGAUGUCGCAGUUUCGCAGUCUGGCCCUGAAGAUGCGGCGAACGGCAAGAAGGCGGAGGGUCUAGAAGGAAGUGAAACGGCUCGCCAGAAUGGCGGCUCCUUAUGAUUCAUG